AUGUCAAGUGUAAGAGAUGAAAGUGGUCAAUCUCCUACAACACCAUCACCAGAUCAAAAAAGAUUUAUGUCGGAAGUCUUGGCACUUGUUGUGUCGGGUUUUCCACCGUUUUUUGUUGUCAUUUAUGGACUUAUACGUGAAAGGCGGGUUGAUAUUUUAGGAGCAAUGUUAGUCGUCUGUUUUAUCGUUUAUGGUAUAGUGUUAUCAAUAACAAACGAUGCUCGAAUUCAAUUAUUUCGAGAAUCAGCAGUUACGGGUACUAUCGGUUUGGUAUUCCUCAUUUCUUUGCUCCCAAUCAAGAUUGGUUCCUCCCAAAUGCGACCGAUGUCAUACUAUUUUUCUAAAGAUAUGCUAACCGGAGGAUCCUUUGGUUUAUCUCCCAAAAAAAACAAUAUUGAUGAUAUUAAAGAACGUUGGGUUGAGAAAGAAAUUGGAAUAAUUACGCCGUGUUUAGACGCGGAUAUAGGAUUGACGGCUCUUUGGGGAGUUGGUUAUAUUAUUGAAACCCCCGCAUUCGUUAUGAAUAUUCUUAAAACUCCAACAAUUGAACGUGCUUUUUUUUGGACAAACUUUGUAACUUAG